CUCCUUACCGGAACGUUUCUCGRCUUUAUGGUGUCGUCGUGAGCAGAGGCCGCCCGUCAGACAAUCCGGUAACAGCCAGUGGAUUUCAGUAGUGUCUCUGUCUGCUCUCAGGUCUUUUUUUUUUAUCGGCCACUGUGUUUCAACCGUCGUUGUAAAGCAGUUGCUCUUCCUCUCAGCUGCCGUGUAGGAUCUAAAAAUGGCGGCUGUUUCAGCGGAUCACGGUCUCUGCAGCCUUUUGCCUUAACUCACCCAGUUAAAUCUGAGCACCAUGUAAACAAACCAGGCAGCAAACCAAUCCAAGCGUUAGCCUGCACCAGCUCCAGCUCCAGAACCAGUGGCUUACUGGUGAGUGACCAGCAGCAGCAGACAGAGUGGCGGCGCUGUCACCUUCCAGCUGGAGAGGCAGGCUGAUGGAGAGCGACUGCCGGAUCCCAGUCGCCUGCUGUCGRCCUCGGGUCCUCCUGCUCCACGCUCUGUUCUGGGGUCUCGUCUCGCUUAGAGUGUUUGGAGCGGCGCUGCUGAGCGAGGAGAAGACGACAGCAGUGAAGCCUGUUGUYGCCCCCUGCUGGCUGCUGGAGAACUUUGUAGUGUUGGAGGAAUGCAACCGCUGCAGCGACUUCAUCGCUAAGACGCAGACGGUGUGCAGACAGACGGGAUACGUGGAGCGGGUGAACUGCACCAAGACCAGCAGACAGGAGUACAAGAGCUGCCGCUCCGCCCUGAUGGAGGAGCAUCUCUUCUGGAAGUUUGAGGCGGCCAUGUUGGCUCUGACGGUCGUCUUCGCCGUCCUGGUGGUCAUCCGCCAGCGCUGGCUGGAUCGCCUCGCCUCCGAGAAGGUCCGCCGACAGAUCGAGUCCAUCUAGGAGGAGAGGGUCUUGUUGGGUUUUUAAAUCCCGUGGCAGUAUUUUUAAAAUGGAUCCAGGCUGGGACCGGACCUGGUGGACAUCCUCCAUGGAGCUGGCUGAGCUCAGCUCCCCGAAUGAGAAGUUUUUCCUCUUCACCAGCGACUGUUUCUCUGCUAAAAAAGCAGAAAAAAAACAAACAAAAAAAAACACUAAAACCGGGACAAUGAGAUGUCCGGACUCAUGAUGCAAACUGUAGAUUAUAUUUUAGUGAACAGAGUUUAUAGAGAAAUCAGGGAAGGAGAAGUUUGAUCUGGAUCAGAACAAGUGAAACUGACAAACCUCGGGAACAGAAGCUGAAACCUCUCUUCCUGCAUCGGCUGAUGUCAGACAGGAACUUCCUUAUAUGGACUCUGGAAGUGACAGUUGUCAGCAGCGGUUUCUGAAGUGUGGAACAAAGAUCUUUUUCUUUCAAGAUUAAACAUUUUCCUGCAGAAAUAUUAAAUAAAAGUCUGAAAAAGAUUCCAAUGUGAUAUUUAAAUAUGCAGUUCUGUUUCAGUUUUCCAUUAAAAACUUUUUACAUCCGUGUUUUGGUUGAUGAGGCUGUAUUCCGGUUCCUGUGCAGAAAUUUGACCAAAGUAUUUUUGAGCUCUGGAUAAAUAAACAAAUAGUCAAUUAAAUGGUUCAUUAGAUUAAAAUUAAUUCCAAUCGAUUAAUGACGUCUGUUUAAACCUUUUUUCAGUGUUGUGGUUUCGGCCGCCAUCCUUAAGCGAAGAUGUUAAUCUGAAAAAUAAAAAUAAAAAUGGCGGCUGUAUCUCAACGGGAAAGAAAAACGGUCCAGACGGAAUCAAUUGUGGGAUGUAAAUUGCAGUUUUUGCGGUUCUAUUUAGAAAUUUAAACACUCGACAAGCUCCUGAAGUUAUGACUUUAAUACAGCUGACUCAAAAUGUUACAAUGCAUUGUUUCUUUUAAAUUCGGUAUAUGGUGCAAAAGUUAGCCCUUUGCUUUAGAAAGACUGGUUUCUCUUGAUGCAAGAGAAACAGUUUAUGAAGAGAUCGUCCGCUUAUCAAUAAACUUUAGAGUAACUUAUUAAUCGAUUACUUACAUUCCAAAGAGAAACGAGAUUACUUAAAAAAAGAAGUUUGUAUUCUGCCAUGCGAACCAUUGUUUCCUUCCUGUUUGUAUUUAUUUUGUCAGCUCACAGUAUAGUAAUCUUACCCGAACUGGCUCCGAACUUUUUAGUGUUUUUAUAGUUUCAAAUCUACUGUGGAGUCUGAAAAUGUCUCAUCUUGACAUCCCGGAUGCGCUGGAAAGAUUUAAAAGUUUGAAAUUGGUCAGAACGUGACGUCAUCGGUCAUAUCCGCCCAUUCUUCACCUGAUUGGUUCACCUUUCCUCUGGCUGAGUUCUGAUUGGUUGCUGCUUCACUGUCAAUACAGACAAAUUUUAAAAUUAAAACAGUUUUAAUUUUAUGUUCCUUUAUGGAAGUGUUUCAGCCUCAUUCUGAUGUUUUUAUUGUAAAUAAUAGGUUUAUGUUGGACUUUUUUUGUUUCUGUGAAGUUUCUGACAAAAUAAACUGAAGAGGAAACGGUGUGAGUUACCUGAUUUGAUUUAGUUCAAAAAGUCUGUUUUAUUAUUUCAAUAAAUAUGUUACAAAUA